AUGGAGAAUUUAAACGCGAAUACUAUUUUGGGUUUAUGGCGUAGUGGCGUAUUAAGUGCUGACGGACUUCUACAGGCGUAUAAUCUCAUUAAUUAUAAGAUAACGUUUGACGGUGACGAUAUCGAAUCGCUGGAUGUGUAUGAUCAGUUUGUGGCCGCUGUUCAGUCUGUUAGUGGAAUAUCAUCUUAUAAAGAAGACGUUGCCAAUAUGUUUAGUCUUGAAGAACCAAGUACCUCUUCUGUUGUUAACCGUGCUUUGACUCAGGAUGCUGCAUGUGAUUUGUCCGAGAAUGCAUUCGAAGAAUUACAUUCAUACAUCGUUAAGGAUGCCGCUCCAGCGGAUCGUGUCGGGGUUACCUUAAGAAAUCCAAAUUAUCCAGAAAAACCCGUCGGGCUGUCAUUUCGACGCGUAGACCAGUUCUCAGUCAAAGUGUUGAUGUCAAUUCUAGAAAAGGUAUUGCAAAGUAACGCCAGCUUCUUUUCAAAUGACUUGUUAACUUUAAAUGUGGAUCGAAUGAGCGAAGAGAUUGUGAAAUAUUGUCUGAUGGAUGUCAAGAUUUUGGUUAAAGGUUGUAUUCUAUUCUGGUCGAGCUUCACUACCCAAAAUAAAGUCGAUCCUUUUGAGGAGGCAUGCACAAUUCCAAGUGCAUGCAAUAAGGUGUUCCGCCGAAACUUCCUCAAAGAGAAUACAAUUGGACUGAUUCCGAAAGGCGGUUACAGACGGGCCGAUAAACAAUCCAGAGUGGCAAUACAAUGGUUACGCUGGGUGGAACAUUCCGAGCACGUGACCAUACAGCAUGCCGGAAAAGCACGCGAAUUCAAAACGCCUGAAGGUGUUAAGGUCGACGGUUAUUGUGCCGAAACAAAUACCGUUUACGAGUUUCAGGGAUGUUAUUGGCACGGGUGCGAAGAAUGUUUCCCCAAUCAAGCCAAUAUUGAUCCCAAAUUGGAUAUAAAUAAUUCCAUGUUUGUUCGAAACGAAAACACGGCGGCACGGUCUAAAUUUCUACGCGAGCGCGGCUAUAAUCUAGUGGAAAUGCGCGAAUGCGAUUUUAAGAAAUUAAUAGUUGUAAACGAUGAAUUAAAAGCGUUUAUUCAGAAUUUAGGAGAUCAAGAUGACGAGCCAUUAAAUCCUCGCGAUGCGUUUUACGGCGGUCGCACUAAUGCCAGCAAACUUUACCAUAAGUGUGAUGGGAUUAAGCUAAAUGAAGGAGAAUGUCAGCAUAGCGAAGCCGAACGCAGUUUUGUUGGAACGUUUGUGGCGGACGAACUGCGUAAGGCUAUUGCUAAAAACUAUAAAAUUUUAGAUGUUUUCGAAAUUUGGGAGUAUGAGAUGAAUGUGUACGAUAAACAGACUAAACAAGGCGGAUUGUUCAGCAGGUACAUUGACACCUUUCUUAAGCUGAAACAAGAAGCCUCAGGUUGGCCUAGUCACUGUACUACAAAUGCGAAAAAACUCAAAUAUAUCAGCGACUACUUUGCCCGAGAAGGAGUUCAACUCGAUUUCUCUAAUAUCAAAAAAAAUCCAGGCUUAAGGUAUCUAGCCAAGCUGAUGUUGAAUUCCUUUUGGGGCAAGUUUGGCCAGCGUGAAAAUUUACCUCAGUCUACUAUUGUAUAUGAGCCAAAGGAUUUUUUCAAAUUGUUUACAGAUCCUUUGGUUCAGGUACAAUCCAUUAUACCAGUUAAUGAUAAUGUGGUAGUUGUAAAUUGGGAUCGACCUGAGGGUGAGGGUGAACCCCUAAAAACCAUUAAUGUGCCCAUAGCCGCAUACACGACAGCUCAUGCACGUCUAGAGUUAUAUAGUUAUUUGGAGAAGUUGGGUCGUCGGGUAUUAUACUACGAUACAGAUAGUAUAAUAUUUGUGGCAAAACCUGGCGACUGGAACCCUCCUUGUGGAGAUUUCUUAGGCGAGAUGACUGAUGAACUGGAAGCGUACGGUGAAGGAAGUUAUAUAACUGAGUUUGUUAGUGCCGGACCGAAAAACUAUAGUUAUAAUGUGUUUUCCACCAGUGAUCAGACUAUUAAAUCCGUAUGUAAAGUGAAGGGUAUAACGUUAAACCAUAAGAACUCGCGCAUUAUAAACUUUGAAUCGAUGAAAGAUAUGGUGCUUAGUAAUAGUAAGGACUCUAUUUAUGUGUAUAAUGAUAGGAAAAUAGUUAGAGAUAAGUGUUAUAAUGUAAUAAGUAGACCAGAAAGCAAGCAGUAUAGAAUAAGUUACUCUAAACGGCGAAGGAUUGAAAACUUCGACACUUUACCGUUUGGUUAUAAGGAAUAA